AGGACUUGUUCAAGUAUAUCAGAGAAUUCGAGAAAGAAGAAGAAGAAGAAGAAAGUGGUGAAAGAUGGAGAGGGAGCCGACACGAGUGAUGGUGGCUGUGAACGAAUCGACGAUCAAAGGGAAGCCUCACCCUUCGAUAAGCAGCAAAAGAGCUUUCGAAUGGACUCUGGAGAAAAUGGUCCGAUCCAACACUAGCGAUUUCAAGAUUCUCUUGCUACAUGUACAUGUUGUGGACGAAGACGGUUUUGAUGAGGUAGACAGCAUAUAUGCGUCUCCUGAUGAUUUCAGAGACAUGAGAGAGUCUAACAAGUCUAAAGGUCUUCACCUUCUCGAGUUUUUCGUUACAAAAUGUCAUGAGAUUGGGGUUAGUUGCGAGGCAUGGAUCAAGAAAGGUGAUCCAAAGGACGUUAUAUGCCAAGAAGUUAGCCGGGUCCGACCAGAUCUUCUUGUUUUGGGAAGCCGUGGUCUAGGCCGCUUCCAAAAGGUCUUUGUGGGGACGGUGAGUGGGUUCUGUGUGAAGCAUGCUGAGUGUCAAGUCCUCACGAUCAAACGCAAUGCCGAUGAAACUCCCAGUGAUCCUGCUGAUGACUAAACCAACUACAUCAUAAACUCUUCUUUCAUCUUAUCCCAGAGUGUGCUUUUGUGUGUCCAACUCUAUGAUUAAUAAUAAUUGUAUGUGUGUGUGUAUGUGUCUGUGCAGUCUGCUAUGUUUUGUGGUUUAUAUCAUCCAACAUAAUAUUUCAAAUAAUUUCAUAUGAUCAGUCUGUUUCUGUUGUCA